CCUUCAUACAUCCUUCAUACGUAUAAAUACUAGCAGAUCUCAUUCGCACUUUUCAUAUCAUCAAGUUUUCUAUUCCAAUCUAUCCAACUACCUGCCACUCAUCUUUUCAUCACAAUAUUUAUCAUGAAGAUCUCAACCCUCUUUUUCGUCACGCUCGUUGUCCUCGUCGGCCUGCUAUCCAAUACGUUAGCGGUAACCUGGUCAAAGAAUUUUGCCAAAGCAGACAUCAACACGUUAAAUCCUCUCUUGAAUACUAUGCAGAGAGACUUUUCAAGCAAGAACUAUGCUGGUAUCUGGGAUUUACUUGGAGACAACGGAACUAAAAAGCUCGUGAACAAUGUAUUUGGUGAGACGACACAGGUUCGAAGCAAGCAAGAGUUCAUCAACGCCUUUCGCCAAUACGAACAAUAUGGUCAACUGACCUUCACCAUCAAAUCUGCCCAGCUCAAGAGCUCUAGCUCUGCUAGCCAUUACCACAUGGUCCUGAAUGGAUCCAUCAAAUUGAACUUCCCAAUUGCAAUCGUCUUCAGUGCCGACGUCACUUUUGCCGGAAAGAAACCUCAAGUUGGCAAGGUCUCGGCUGUGACUUUCACCAUCAACACAGCAUGAUUUUCUCCUCAUCAACAGUCUUAUUUUAGUUACAGAUCUAAUGCGCUACAUUGCUGGAAUCAUGUAGUGUCUGAGUCACCCCAGUUUUGUCGUUCUCCAUUGUCAUUUGACAUCAUCUACUUUUGCAUCUUUUCGUCGUUUCUUCCAAUUUGUUUGUUUUUCAUUAUCAAAAUCUUUGUCUUUUUUGCUGUCGUGGCUUAUAUCUGUCUAGACUCAUUAAUGUCUUAGUCUGAUUAUCCUGCAAUGACCUCAGCACACCGGUUACGGCGCGUCUUUAUACUUCUACUUGUGAAUAAUCUCACUUUGAUGAAGCGGAUGUUUUGUGAUGAUUACAUUUAAUGUUCUUGAGGAGUCACACACACGUGGCACAACGUGUUGACAGUGUAUGUGAUGCUGCAAGACUAAGACCCCGUUUGUGAGUUGGUACAAUGAUGUCUUCCAUAGGAAUACCUUCUGCGCC